GGGAACGGGGUCUUCCGCCCCCUCCCCAGCGCCCAGAAGCCUCACCGAAAGCUGCAGUCGCACCACUCGAUCAACAGCCAGAGCAGCAAGAAGAGCAAGGGCAGCUCCAAGUCGGCCUCUUCCCACAUCCCUAUUGAGGCGCAAGAAGACUGCUGCGUCCACUGCAUCCUCUCCUGCCUCUUCUGUGAGUUCCUGACCCUCUGCAACAUCGUGCUGGACUGUGCCACCUGCGGCUCCUGCACCUCCGAGGACUCCUGCAUCUGCUGCUGCUGCUGCAAUUCGGGCGAGUGCGCGGACUGCGACCUGCCCUGCGACAUGGACUGCGGCAUCAUCGACGCCUGCUGCGAGUCGGCCGACUGCCUGGAGAUCUGCAUGGAGUGCUGCGGGCUCUGCUUCUCCUCCUGA